AUGUCAAUUCCGGUUUCUUACAGACAGGGAACGGAGCCAAAGAUGUCAAUCCCGGUUUCUUACAGACAGGGAACGGAACCAAAGAUGUCAAUCCCGGUUUCUUACAGACAGGGAACGGAACCAAAGAUGUCAAUCCCAGUUUCUUUCAGACAGGGAACGGAGCCAAAAAAUUCAAUCCCAAGUGCAUUUAGACAGGGGACAGAACCAUCUAGAGCCACCGUCAAAAGUUCGAAAGUUGCCUGUAAAGGGGAGAUCAUCUACGGAAAAUGCUACGAGUUCAACCCAAAGUUGUUGGCCUUCAAAGACGCCCAGGCCUUUUGCAGAAAUCUUGCCCCAGAUGCUGAGCUGGCCUCUGUGACGAGCAGAGAUCUCCAUUUCCAACUGGUUUCCCUGGUAACUAGGGGUGGCAAGACAAGCCCUAGGCUGACCUGGUUGGGAGCCACAGUCAAGAACCAGCAGGCCUCUUGGGUGGACGGGUCGGACUGGAGCUACUCCGACUGGAUGCCGGGACAUCCCAACAUUCACACCGACAAACCAGUCUGCGUCGAGAUGUUCAAGAUGGAUGAGAGCUGGUGGACCGCAGCCGACUGCGAACUAAAGCGAGCCUCCCUCUGCUCGUACCCUGUCACUGCAUAAAGAUACAGUAGAUGAUGUGAGAUACGUCUACUACAGGAAAAACCAUCCCUACGUAUUGUAGUGUACUUACCA